GCGCGUCUCACCCCUGGCGACCCCGGAAGUGGGUCGGGGGCUUGGCCUCUGCCCGGCCACAGAGCCGGAGCUGGAGGUACUACCCCGUCCGGCGGCGAACCCCGGGCAGGGCCCGGGGCUGGAGUUUCAAGAUGCUGAACGUCCCUUCCCAGUCUUUCCCGGCCCCCAGGUCGCAGCAGCGUGUAGCCUCCGGGGGGCGUAGCAAGGUACCUUUAAAACAGGGCAGAAGCCUUAUGGAUUGGAUUCGCCUGACCAAAAGUGGAAAGGAUCUAACAGGAUUAAAAGGCAGGUUAAUUGAAGUAACUGAAGAAGAACUUAAGAAACACAACAAAAAAGAUGAUUGUUGGAUAUGCAUAAGAGGUUUCGUUUAUAAUGUCAGCCCUUAUAUGGAAUAUCAUCCUGGUGGAGAAGAUGAACUAAUGAGAGCAGCAGGAUCAGAUGGUACUGAACUUUUUGAUCAGGUUCAUCGUUGGGUCAAUUAUGAAUCCAUGCUGAAAGAAUGCCUCGUUGGCAGAAUGGCGAUUAAACCUGCUGUUCUGAAAGACUAUCGUGAGGAGGAAAAGAAAGUCUUAAAUGGCAUGCUUCCCAAGAGCCAAGUGACAGAUACACUUGCCAAAGAAGGUCCUAGUUAUCCAAGCUAUGAUUGGUUCCAAACAAACUCUUUAGUCACCAUUGCCAUAUAUACUAAACAGAAGGAUAUCAAUUUAGACUCAAUAAUAGUUGAUCAUCAGGAUGAUUCCUUUAGAGCAGAAACAAUUAUUAAGGAUUGUUUAUAUCUUAUACAUAUUGGGCUAAGCCAUGAGGUUCAGGAAGAUUUUUCUGUGCGGGUUGUUGAGAGUGUGGGAAAAAUAGAGAUUGUUCUUAAAAAAAAAGAGAAUACUUCUUGGGACUUUCUUGGCCAUCCCCUGGAGAAUCAUAAUUCACUUAUUCCAAGGAAAGAUACAGAAGAUCCUUACAUGAAGGAUUCAUAUAUCAGAAAGAACAUCAACCAGAGAAGAGAAACUUUCAUUUUUACCUUCAAUCCAGAUGUAGUAGGUUUGUACUACAGAAAGUGCCAGUUAAUUUCCAAGGAAAAUGUUACUCAUGAUACGAGGCUUUUCUGUUUGAUGCUGCCACCAAGCACUCAUCUUCAAGUGCCCAUUGGGCAACAUGUUUACCUCAAGCUACCUAUUACAGGUACAGAAAUAGUAAAGCCAUAUACACCUGUAUCUGGUUCCUUACUCUCAGAGUUCAAGGAACCAGUUCUUCCCAACAAUAAAUACAUCUAUUUUUUGAUAAAAAUCUAUCACACUGGACUCUUCACACCAGAGCUUGAUCGUCUUCAGAUUGGAGAUUUUGUUUCUGUAAGCAGUCCUGAGGGCAAUUUUAAAAUAUCCAAGUUCCAAGAAUUAGAAGAUCUCUUUUUGUUGGCAGCUGGAACAGGCUUCACACCAAUGGUUAAAAUACUGAAUUAUGCUUUGACUGAUAUACCCAGUCUCAGGAAAGUGAAGCUGAUGUUCUUCAAUAAAACAGAGGAUGAUAUAAUUUGGAGAAGCCAAUUGGAGAAAUUAGCAUUUAAAGAUAAAAGACUGGAUGUUGAAUUUGUUCUCUCAGCACCUAUUUCUGAAUGGAAUGGCAAACAGGGACAUAUUUCACCAGCUCUUCUUUCUGAAUUUUUGAAAAGAAAUUUGGACAAAUCCAAAGUUCUCGUCUGCAUUUGUGGACCAGUGCCAUUUACAGAACAAGGAGUAAGGUUGCUGCAGGAUCUCAACUUUUCCAAAAAUGAGAUCCAUAGUUUUACAGCAUAAUGAAGAGCUGUCAUUGUCCUUUAUUCAACUAGUUUAUCUAAAUUUGUGAUUGCUUAGGGUUUUUUAAGAGAACAUUUUUGUACAUAAUGAAAGGUUAACUAGAAUCCAGUCUUCAGUUUCUUAAAUGAAAUCAAAUGUUCCUUCUGUAUAGGUAACUUCUUGGCUUUCUUUUGUACCAUAACUUAUUUUACUACUGAUAUUUGACCUGGACAGUUAAUCAUGGCAACAAAUACAUACAGGAUUCUUUGUUAUGAAUCACAAAUUUCCUUGCCAUUUAAAUUAUAUCACUGUUCUACAAUAAGCACUUGUGUUUUAUGACAUGAUAAAGUAAAUGAUCACUUCGAUCAUGUUUCUAUGCUGUAAAAUGUCUUAUUAGCAAUACAGAUUAAAUUUUACAUUGCACUGUUAACUCAGGAAAUGAUCAUUUAUGUCCUUGUUAUUAAUAUUAAAACAUAGAAUGUUAUAACUUAUUAACUUAUCCAAACAUUUUUGUGUGUGUAUGUGGCACUGAUGCAGAAUAGAAUAAAAUUAUACUUAAGUUCUUUUUAAUCCUUGUGAUAGAAAUGUGGUUGAAUGCAACAAUAUUGGGCCAGCGUCUUAAGGGGAAUUUUAAAAGACAGCAAUAAAAUAUAUUAGAGACAUGACACACAUGCGUCUUUGGACUAGGUGUGUUAACAGAGCUUGAGAGAGGGAACCUUGACAGCUGUUUUUAUUCUUAGCCAAAAACAAAGACGUUAGGAAAGAGAGUGAAAGUAUAGCAUCUAGUUCCACAGCCUAAAAUUAUUAUUUGGUGCUUUGGAAUGGGUUGAAUUUUAAUUCUUUUUUAGUUCAUCUAAAUCAGCUGGAAAAAUGAGGAACAUUCUGUCCUGAAUGGUUCUUCCCCUGGUUGGCUGCUUUCUCCACAACUGGUGGUUCAGCAGGGAGCCCUCUUAGGUUCUUGUGUGUGGGCAACUUAUUUUCUCUCUCUGCUGCUUUGUGCACCUGUCAAAUACUUUCACAGAUUCAGAUCAGCAAAGGGUAUGAAGAAUAGUCAUUGUGAGCUUUUCAUGAGGAAACUGUUCAAUGCAUAGGUAGCUCCUGUAUAAGCUAACUAGGAUUUUUCAGUCUUAGUACAACUGCAAUGUUUUCACAGAAAUAGGAGAUUGAAAGAAUCUCCAAUUUCUCUGUAAAUGAUUUUAUAAAUAGCUAAAUUUUUACUGAAUGAAUAAUAUACCCAAGAGGAACACAAUAUUAAUAUUCCCCAAACUACAGACACCAGCUUGUGAAGCUUCCUAUGUGCACAUAGCUGGUUUGAACACUAUCACUUUUCCCUGUGCCUCUGUCUUCUGUAGCCAAUUCCACCAUCAUCAUUAUUCACAAAGACAGGAAUCUAGCUGUCCUGGACUGGCAGUGUUCGCUGGUAGGUAACAAGAGCUUUUUCUAGCUUCAUGCCUUCCCACUACUUAUUUUUUUUCCAAUCUAAGGGUGAGGUGAUUUGGCUCUGUGUCCUCACCCAAAUCUCAUCUCAAAUUGUAAUUCCCACAUGUCGAGGGAGGGUCCUGGUGGGAGGUGAUUGGAUCAUGGGAGUGAUUGCCCCCAUGCUGUUCUUGUGAUGGUGAGUUCUUAUGAGAUCUGAUGGUUUAAAAGUGUGGCACUUCCUCCCCACCUCCUGCUGUCUUAUGAAGAAGGUCCUUGCUGCUUCUUUGCUUUCUACCAUAAUUGUACGUUUCCUGAGGCCUCUCCCACCGUGUAGAACUGUGAGUCAGUUAAACCUCUUUUCUUCAUAAACUACCCAGUCUCAGGUAGUUCUUUAGAGCAGUGUGAAAAUUGACUAAUACAAAAAGAGACCAUAUACCACUUUUUUAAGUUCAUUUGCGAUGUAUCAAAUCUAAUUCAGCCAACAUCUUUCUCAUCUUUUCUAAGCCUCUUCAUUUUUCUCUCUCCAGUCCCAAGCAACAGAAUCUCCUCUCUAUUAAUCGCUGUAUGUAAUACUUCCUCAUUCCUCCUUUUAUGUUUUAUAUUUUAAAACAAAUCCAUAAGUAUCUCCUGGGUAAUCUCCACUGACAUGAUUUUAUCAACUUACAUGUUAAUUCCCAAAUGGGAGUGACUAAUUUGAGAAUCAGCAGAGCUUCAGUUUUCAAUAUCCAUUUACCUCCUCCUUACCACCCCACCGUCCACCUAGUAAGCCAUUCUUGAACUAUUAGGAAUCAACAUAAAUAUCCCCCUCUCCAGUCUGACUCUUCCAUACCAGCUAACCCUGUCCUAUCAUCCCUCAGCUGGAUUAGUACAGUAGCUUGAUAAUUCAUCUUCAUGCUGCAGUCCUGAUCUCCUAAAAUUCAUUCUCCAUUCUAGGGUAUUCUAGAAGGACUUGGAGGAAAAAAUCCCCUAAGUAGAACCUCAGUCUUCCAAUUAAUGCAACCAAAUACUGAGGAGCACAGAUAGAAGUAUAGUUUAUCACUGUUAUUCUCAAGCAAAUAACUAAAAGACUCCUACAUCACAUAUUUGCAAUGAAGAAAAAGAAUUAUGCUCAAAGUCACAUUUGCUUGCAAAUUCUGCUUUUAAAAAAAAAAAAAAAAAAGGUUUACAUAUUAAUUUUCUAUUACUGCUAGAUCAAAUUACUACAAACUUAGUAGCUUAAAACAACACCCAUUUAUUAUCUCACAGUUCCGUGGCACAGAAAUCUAGGUACAAUAUGGUUCAACUGGGUCCCCUGCUUAAAGCCUCACAAGGCUGAAAUCAGAUUGUCAACUGAGCUGGGCUCUUAGCUAGAGACUGUAAGGGGAAGUCCCUAGAUAAGAGUUCUUUCAACUUCAUUUAGGUUGGUGGUAGAUUUCAGUUCAGUUCCUUGCAGUUGUAGGACUGAGUUCCCCAUUUCCUUGCUGGCUGUUAGCUGUGGGCUAGUCUUUGUUUCUAGAAUCUGCCCACAUUCCUUCUCAUACUUUCUGUGUGGCCCUCUUCAGCAUUAGUAGAUGAAUCUCAUGCUUUCAAUCUCUCUGAAUUCCCCUGUGGGCCUCUUCAGCAUUGGUAGAUGAAUCUCAUGCUUUCAAUCUCUCUGAAUUCCCCUUCUGCCAUAUCUUUCUUGCCCUAGCGAGAGUUCACUGCUUUUAAGAUCUCAUAUGGUUAGAUCGGACCCACCCAGAUAUCCAGGGUAAUCUUCCUAUUUUAAAAAUCUAUAAUCUUAAUUAUAGCUGGAAAGUCCCUUUUCCUAUAUAAUAUAUUCAAAGGUUGCAGGUAUUUGGGUGUUGACAUCUUUGAUGGGCACAUUUUGUCUACCACAAGCUAUAGAAAGAACAGAGAAAUUUGUCCAAGAUAAGAUGAUCAGGUUUUGUCUAGAUAGGGGCCCUUGCUAUGGGCUCUCAGUUUUUACGUUAAUGUGACAGAACAUGAGAGGAGCCUUGAUACCCGCAAAGAGUCAACUUCUUUAUGCUGGCAAAGGCAUGGGUGCAACCUGCUCUGUGAUCUACUUCUGAAGGACGCAAGCUUGUCCUGAAUGAGGUUGGGACUGAGUCUGUUAACAGACCCCCAUUUUUGGCAGAAAAAACAUUCUGUAUGGUCUACAGUAUUUAAAAUUGUGGCAAAUAAAUUAUAAAGGAAAAAUGAAAUUUCAACUA